UCUCGACUUGCUUUCACCUUGCGGCCUUGCGCGACAGCUCCGCCAGUUGCUGGCCAGUCCUCCCCCGGAUUCUCUGGUGGUUUCUGCCCGGUAUUUCUUUCUUUCUCCAGUCAAUCUUUUUGAGACUCAGUUGGACAGUCAUUGUCUAGUCUCUGGAGCAGCACAAUGACGGAGAACAUCCCCCCCACGACGUCUACGCCUGGCGGCGCCAGUGCAACAGUCACUACAGGACCUGGCGGCGGUGCGGAGCAGAAUGCGACAAAUCGUGGGUUGCCAUAUUACGAGAAGUUGAGAAGGGAGCUACGAGAUACGCUGCAGAAGAAGAGGUUGAUGGAUAAGAGCAUGGCCCAACUAGAAGACCAAAUCUACCGUUUCGAGCAAUCCUACCUCGAAGAAACCACUGCCGGAAACAUCAUCAAAGGUUUCGAUAACUACAUCAAGGGCUCCUCCGGCGGCUCAAGCCUCAGCGCAGGUGGUCUCGCCCUCACUGGCGGCGGGGCAGCUGGCGUAGCAGCACGACGAAAAUCGCAAGUGUCUGAUCAAGAUCGAGUAUUUUCGCGCAGUUCAGCGAGUUUCAUGAGAGACUCUCCCGCCCCAUCUUCCGCACAAACAACGCCCUCCCACGCUCCAACUCCUACGUCUUCACAUAAUGGGCCGACUAGUGGUUCUGGGAAUAAUAAAUCUGGAAACGAUGGUACUGGAUCCGCCAAUGCUAGUGUCAAGAGCGGAUCUACGGCGUCGAAGAACAAGAAGAAAUCCAGCGGUGGAGGUUCUGCGGCGCGGGAGAAUGGCAACAAGGACAAAGAUAAGAAUAACGACGACGAUGGUGACGGAGGUGGUGAGGAUGGGUCGAAGCCGCCGGCGAAGAGGUUGAAGAUCAGUUAUGGCCGGGAUUGAUCCGUCGGGUUUCUGAUGUUGUGGAUAGGCUGUUUCAUUGCUUGAAGGCUUGGUUUUCGAAGACCAAAAUUCUGGGACGGGGUCGCGGCAAAACUGGAAUAGGCGCAGACGAGGGUAGGUUAGGGGCGUUAUGGAUGUUCGCUUAUUUAUUCUUCUUCUGUUGGUUACAUGUACCAUAUACCAUGUCUGCUUGGCUUUUUUCUCAUUCUGCAUAUCUUUCUAUCUACUUGUAUCGCCAUACAUUUUUAACCUCAUGCAUUUAUAGAAUCGUAUUAAGAAGUUACCAGUCA